CAUCACUGGCGGGCGACGGCGCUCCGGGCUCGUGGGUGCAGCUGGGCACCAUGAGUGGGGAUGAGGAACUGAAUCUGCUAGUCAUCGUAGUCGACACCAAUCCCAUCUGGUGGGGAAAGCAGGCAAUAGCAAGAUCUGAGUUUACGUUGUCAAAAUGCCUCGAUGCAGUCAUGGUGUUGGGCAACUGUCACUUAUUUAUGAACCGUAACAACAAGCUUGCCGUGGUCGCCAGUCAUGUACAAGAAAGUCGCUUCCUGUUCCCUGGAAAGCGCUGGGCAGCUGCCGAUCUCUUUGGGGAGGCUGCAGGGAACUCUCUAGAAUCCAACAUUUCCGGCAGCAAAGACGGGAAGUAUGAGUUAUUGACCACCAUAAAUGAAACCAUUGCGGAGGAGAUAAAGGACCUCAUAACCACAACCGAACUUAAAGGCCAGCAGACUGAAACGUUACUCGCGGGGUCCCUUGCCAAAGCUCUCUGCUAUAUUCACAGGAUGACCAAAGAGGGAAAAGGCAGCCAAGAAAUUAAGUCUCGGAUUCUGGUCAUCAAAGCGGCAGAGGACAGUGCGCUGCAGUACAUGAACUUCAUGAAUGUCAUCUUUGCCGCUCAGAAGCAGAGUAUUUUGAUCGAUGCCUGCGUUUUGGACUCUGAUUCGGGGCUCUUGCAGCAGGCUUGUGAUAUUACUGGCGGGAUUUACUUGAAGGUUCCCCACAUGCCAUCUCUCCUGCAGUAUUUGCUGUGGGUGUACCUGCCUGACCAAGAGCAGCGAUCCCAGCUGAUCCUGCCGCCCCCCAUCCACGUGGACUACCGGGCCGCCUGCUUCUGCCACAGGAACCUCAUCGAGAUUGGCUACGUCUGCUCCGUGUGCCUGUCGAUCUUCUGCAACUUCAGCCCCAUUUGCACCACGUGCGAGACCGCCUUCAAGAUUUCGCUGCCAGCUGUCAUGAAGUCGAAGAAAAAGAAGCCGAAAUUAGCCAUUUGACGGCCCAGUCUUUACCAUGGAUGGCUUCUUGCUGCAGUGCAGGUUGCGGCGGCAAAGCUACAAGUGGCGUUUGCAGGACGCUGAAAAAGAGCAGGCCCUGAAUUAAAAUAGACCUACAGAGAGCUAAAGCUUUCGGGAGAGUCGUGUAAGUCAGGUGCACCUCAGCUGCUCAGUGCCCAGCGGGUUGAACCCUGCAGGUCUGUGCCAUUAAUGGCGGUGCUCUCUCCCCAGCGCAUGGAGACCUUCCGCUAAUGCAAGAGGGUUGGAUCCUUGCGUGUCUGUACGAUUAACAGUGGUGUCCUCCACCACCACCCCUGGCAUAUGGAGCAUCUCUUUUUUUUUUUGCAAGUACCUCUUACGACAAGAGAACAUUCUUCGUGCCGGGGAAGGCACUGCUGUUGGGGAAACAGGCUGGUGGGACCCGACCCGUGUGCUAGUCAUAUAACUUGAAUUGUAACAUCAUAGGGUUGAAUCCUAUGGCUGUUCCACCGAUGGGAGGAGAGACCGUCUUAUCUAACUGUCUUCCUCGCUGAAGUCCCUUGACCUGUGUGGGUUUUUUUGCCCAAGGGGGGGGUUUCCCCUGACCCUCAACGAUGUUUUUCAAGGGGCUGCUGGUGGAAGGAAAGGUGGGGGAAAGUUCCGCUUCUGCUAGCAGAACACCUGCAGGAUCCAGCCCAUAACGCCAAAUCUGCAGCUAGUUAAGAGGUGAAAUGACGUGCCUAAAGGCAAAGACAUGGGCUGGUGCUCCUCUACAAUAACAUCCUUGGACUGACUCUGCUUCAAUGGUUUAAGCCUCGUUCCUUCCCCUCCCAGCCCCCCAGCCCCAAUUUAUUUAGGCAGAAUUCUUAAUAUUUUUAGGGACUGGCGUUCCGGCUCUUGGGCUGGUCCUGCUGAGCUCCUGUGUGAAUGAAUAAAAAAGAACCACGCAGUUUUCAAAACUGUGGCCGUCCUAGUUCUGGAUUGCUCAGAGCUGAGCUUAUCCAACAUGGCUAGCAAUCCAAUAUUUCCCCUUCACUUUUAUUAGCAAUAACAGUAUUUUGUUUGGAUGUGUUUUACGGUGUCCUAGACGGGUAGUCCAGUCAUCCAGGCCUUUGGCUCACCCAAACCAGUAAGCCGACCUUAUCGUAGCUUAGUAGCCUGAGACGUCCCCCAGUCAUCCAUCAGAAUCCACUAUGGUGUAAAACACCCUAAUAAUAAUACAGCUUAGGUCACAAAAAAAGCCUUCUGCAGGUCUCCCUUCCGGGAUGCAAUGAAAGAUUUCUCCCGUUUUCUAGCUGGUUCUGGAAAAGGCAUACUGCUCUGGGACGCACCAGUCUUUAAGACUGUGUUUUGAAAACUGGAAAGAAUGCGGUCUUCCCCUGACUUUUAAUACUGUACGGCUCACCCUGUCUCUUGUCUGACUGAUUAUGAGGACAGAUCAGCCUGUACAUCGUGUAUACUUCCAAAAAGGGAAAUGUGACUUUAGUUCUUCAGACACUGACUUGUCUUCAACAGCGCCAAAGCGCUUGUCCUUUCUUCCCUGUAUGUUUUGCUUCCCGACUCCGAAUCCAGGCAGCUGUGUUCUGUUUGGCGGUCCCAUGGAAGCGUUGCUCCCUGGAGACUGUAUAUUAUUAACAGGAUAUAACCUGUUUUCUGUCAGUUCUUGCUACUCUACCAAAUCCUUCACUGUUUUCUAGCUAAAUCCCGUUUUGUUUUA